AUGGCUCGUGACAAGUCCGGCGGGUUGAAGGCGGCCAGCCUCAUUCUCCGCAUCGCCACGGUGGCGCUGUCGGUGGUGUCCGCGGUCACGAUGGCCUCGGCCACCCAGCCCGCCGACGCCGGGAGCCCCGCUGCCCUGAGCAAGGUCUCCUACAGCGACUACAACUCCUUCAGGUAUUCCGUGGCCGCCAACGUGAUAUCCGCAGCUCUGCAGGCGGUGGCGGUGUACCUGACCACGGUGCACGGCGGCAGGAAGCAGGAGGCCAAGGCAGCCAAGUCGCUGGCCGAGCUCGUGGACACGGCCGUGCAGGUGCUCCUCUACUCGUCGUCAGCGCUGUCGUUCGCUGUGGUCGACUUCGGCUCCUGCGGCGGCAGGUGCCCCGGCGUCUGCGAGACGGCCGAAGCAUUCUGCUGGCGGGUCCGCGCGUCCGGAGCUAUCUCGAUUGCGGCGGCCUUCGCCUUGUCGGCGUCGCUGUACAUCAAGGAUGUGCCCAUUUCGGUUUCUUUGGACGGAGAUGAACACAAGUCAGGACCUGGUUGUGGGCGUGGCUGCCAUUGCCACCAUUAG